AUGCUCAUCAUGGGCAAGCAGCAGGUCAAUAUCCAGCUCCUGGUCAACAACACCCCGGUACCAAGGGUGGACAAGAUCAGGAUACUGGCCACGGGCCAGGGUUUCAGUUGUGAGAAGCAUCGUUCAUCACCUCCCCGAGUUGUCAUGGUGGCCAUCGCCCGACUUCUGCCUCGCUUCGUGGUGACCAGCUUAGGCCUCGCGCUUAACUUCACUUCAAGGCUCAUCCCGGAUGGCGGCAGAGAUGGCAGAGGUUGUCCCGGAAUUCGGCGGCGUGUUCCGCCGUCACAUUCUUUUUUCCAGGAGUCCCUCAUCGGCGAUAACGGUUACCCCUUGGAGACCCACGAGGUAGCCACCGGGGACGGCUACAUUCUGCAGAUGCACCGAAUACCCCACGGAAGGAUGGGUUCCUGCGCUCACGUCAGCGCCUCCAAGGACACCUGGUGUGGAGGACGCGGUCCGGUCUUCGUCAUGACAGGCCUUCUCGCCGAUUCGACCUCCCUGGUGCUCGACUUCCCGGGCCAGUCACUCGGGUUUGUUCUCGCUGACAACGGCUACGACGUCUGGCUGGGAAACACACGUGGCAACACCUUCGGCAGGAGGCACCGGACUUUGGACGUUAGAUCGAGGCCAUUCUGGAAUUUCACGUUUCACGAGCAUGCGCUCUACGACCUGCCCGCUCAGAUCGACUACGUGCUGAACGAAACGGGCCAGAGACAACUCCUGUACGUCGGCAUUUCCCAAGGAACGCUUAUCUUCUUCGCCAUGAUGUCGGAGAGGCCCGAAUACAACAACAAGGUGAAGGCUUUCGCCGGACUGGCGCCCUUCAACAAGCUGGCCUACAUCAAAGUGCCACCACUUGCCAUCUUUGGCCCGUACGCGGAGUCCGCUCUGCGCCUGGCUCAAGCGGCGGGCGGCUACGAUGUGCUCCCCAAGGACUUCCAACUCAUGAGCCUCGUGAGGAUAUUGUGCGGGAGUGUGGCCAAGCCCGUCUGCACUUUCCUCGGCGACAGGUUCACCAACAUCGGGAGCAGAUACAUCAACCUGACGCGGAUUCCUGUUUACCUGUGUCACAAUCCUGCAGGAACUUCAAUGAAAAAUGUCAUACAUUACGCGCAACUCGUUCGAUCAAAGCGUGCCCAAAAGUUCGACUAUGGGGCGUCUACGAACAACGAAGUCUACGGGCAGCGCAAGCCGCCCGAGUACAACCUGUCGCGGGUGACCACGGACGUGGGCCUCUUUUGGAGCAAGGGCGACCAGUUCGUGACGCCGAGGGAGGUGGACGAGCUGCGAUCUUCGCUGGGUGCCAGGGUCAAGCGGGAAGGUUACAUCGCCGACCCUUUCUACACGCACGUGCACUUUGCCAUCGGUCUGGUGAACAAGAAGUACCUAUUCAAGAACCUGCUGGAUUUCCUCGCUGGGUACCCUGUUGAACAACAACCACUGGAAAAAGACGCGGGCGCAACAACAGACGCUGUCUACACGACCCUUGAUUCCUGACUUCUGGUCAUGAA